CGACAUCGUACUGCGAAUCUGAAACGCAAGGACUCUCCUGUGGUCUGUUCUAGCAUUUUCUGCGACUGAGAUCGAGGACGUCCGUCGUCAUUACCCCCUCUUCCCAACAAGAAGGGCCAGAAUCUUGACUAUAUUCGCGAUAUCCCAACUCCAUCAAAGGCGUCAUCGCAAUCAAUACCUUCAAAAUGGGUUGGUUCGACGGAAAGUCUUCCUCGUCCGGCUACUACGUCCGCCGACGCUCUCCCUCCCGCCGGUCGACCUAUUCCACGCACCACGCGCGACGACCCCGAUCUGGCUUCGUGCAUCGUGUGGUGCGCUACAUCAAACGCUUGCUUCGGGACAUCUAUGACUAUGCGCGUCGCCACCCAUUCAAGGUCUUGAUCAUGGUUGUCAUCCCACUGCUUACCAGCGGCGUGUUGCAGAAGCUGCUGGGCAUGAUUGGCAUUCGCAUACCCAAGAGCUUGGGAGGUCUGGCAGGCUCUGGAGGCCUCGGGGGGCAUGGAGGGCAUGGAGGGCAUGGCUCCAGGGGCGGCGAGAAUACCAUGGCAGACAAUCUCAAGGGGCUGAUGAGCGUUGCGAAGAUGUUUAUGUAGCCGACCGAGAGCCCCUCCAGUCUCUGGCUAUAGCUAUAGCCAUUGGGCGUCAAAUCCACACGAGAAUUGCGCAAGAAUAGAAGGAAGUAAGAAAAGAAGGAAGGAAAAGCCCCACC